AAUAAAACUCACUCGGCCAAGAUGAUAACAAAUUCUUCUUGCAACUGAAUGGUCACUCGUUCGAAUUUAUAUAUACUCCUAUUCUGGGAAUUUUUUUUCCAAACCAAAGGAGUGCAACUUGCAAGCAACCCCCUCCUUUGUCCUUUCCAAGUGGCUCCGACCAACUGAAUGGUCACUGAUUUUCUCCAAACUCAAGGGGGUGCAAGCACCCCUCUUCCUCUUUAAGUGGCUCCGCCACUGCUCCGACCAGCGUCGUUCAAGGUUCCGGACGAUUGAUUUCUCUUCCUUCUUUCACUUAUCAUUAUGAUUUCUUAUAUUCACUUCUUACAUGAGCUCUUCUUUUUGUUACUGGACCUUCUCUGAUCAUUAAUCAACGAAAAGACAUAGUUUUCGGCCACUCCCGUUCAUUUUUCCGGUCGUUCAAAUUUUUGGCAAUUUAAUGCUUUUCGUUUUUGGUUUUGCUAAUUUGAAACGUUUUGCGCUUCGACGUUUCACUCUUAGGUAUCGCGUUUCGUAUGGCCAUGUCGCGAUUAUUUGUUCUUUAUGCGAUAUAUCGUUAAUUUAUCGUCUCGUCUCGUCCAUCCUGGUUCUCUGUUUCAUUUUAACCUGUCAAAGCGGAGUCUUUCGGCUCCUGGCUAUCCCGGGCGAUUCCUCAUCCUCUCCUUACGUAGAUCGAUUGGUUUCUGGGCGCAAUUUCUGGUACGAUAUCGAUUUCUCUACUCUUUCAUAAUCUGCUGAUUUCCUCGAACCGCUUCUGUAAUUUCUCGUCGGACGUGAGAUCUUUCCAUAUGAUUUCUGUCCCUCCAUCAUUGGAAGAGAGUCGACGUUUCCUCCUCCAUCCCUAAACAAAAUUACGUAGCUGAAACUAUGAAUUAGAUGUGGCGAGAUUGCCUUUACAAUCAGUCGUGUUCUGAUUCAUGUUUGCGCGGGGUGUUUCGUUCUGUGAGAGAUGGGAAAUUUGGGAUUUUCUAGCUCUCAUUUUUGGUUCGGGAGCUAGUCAAUAUCUUUUCGAGUUCCAAAGCAUAGCGCUGUGACUGCCUAAUGAUACCGAGGUGAAGGGCUGUGGGGUUUGGAAUUAAAAUCUACUUAUAAAAUUCGUUAGGCUGAGAUUGAUCCGGAACUGCAAGGGAACAAAUGCUGCUCGGUUUUAGCUGUGGUUGUUAAUAUACACAAUAAUCGAUUAAUGCCGAUUCUGGGUAGGGCGUCUUCUGAUGGUUCUGUUUUUCUGUGAUAUCUAAUAUGGGGUUCAAUCUAUUUAACAUUUAAGGAAAGGUAAGAGGUGAGCGAAGAUUGAAGCGUGAGAAAUUCUUGUUAUGCCUUUCAAGAUGAAUACUGUUGUUAGAUGGCCACGUUGGAUGGAGCUUGUAGAUUGAUUCGACUGCAUUAACAUAGAGUCCCUUUGGGCAUUUGGUUGAGAUAGCUUUGUUCCCACUUGAUCAAUCAAUGAGUUGAUUCAAAUUUGGGUAAUGAUGAUCUCUACUUGUUUGUUUCUUUCGUUGGGUACAGAGAUUGUAAAGAGAGCUCAGGAAGUGAAGACUAGAGAGAUACACAUAAAAGGAGCAGGACAGGCUUGGAAAUGGCUUCAGUGGUGAAGGGUGUGGUGAAUGCUAUCAAAGAGAAAGGCGUUGGUGGCUUCUUGCGGGAGCUGAGAGGCGAAGGCUACUUGAAGUGCAUUUUGGAUGGGAACCUUUUGCAAACCAAAAUCCACAAUAUAGGGGCAACAGUUGUUGGGGUCGACAAAUUCGGCAACAAGUACUAUGAGAAGCUGGGAGAUACCCAAUAUGGGAGGCACCGUUGGGUUGAAUAUGCAGAGAAAGGUCGAUAUAAUGCUUCUCAGGUGCCACCAGAAUGGCAUGGUUGGCUUCAUUUUAUAACUGAUCAUACUGGAGAUGAGCUUUUGAUGCUAAGGCCAAAGAGGUAUGGCGUGGCUCACAGGGAGAAUCUCUCUGGAGAAGGUGAAGAUCAGAUUUACCACUCUAAAGGACAUGCACUCAAUCCGGGGCAGAAAAACUGGACUAGGUACCAGUCCUGGGAACCAGCAAAGAAAGAGUAAUAAUCUGAAGAUCCCGACUCGGGUAAAUUUGGAAAUCCUGAGUGUUGCAGUCCAAUUCCCAUCAAUAAGUGCAUUGGAACUUGUCUUGUUUGUCUGCAUUUGCAUAGCUCCAAAAAGACAUAGUUUUCAGACGUCAGUCCAUAUGAAUACAUAGUCAUGGUAUUAUGCUGGUUGAUGUGUGGUUCCUGUUAUAUCAGAAUGCUGUCGCAAUUGUUUCACCAGUGAAAGUUUUGGUAAGAAUGUGAAAUGCUCUUGUGGUUUCAUUGCCAAUGGAAGUGCCUUAUAGCAUAUGAGCCCUUGAUAUGCUGCAUGCAUGCCAGAACAUCGAUCCUUUCUCAACAUCUAAAGUGCAAAUGGGUGGUGCCCAUUUCGCAUGUUCUCUGAACCUGUCUUCUGAAGUUCUGAUGCCUUUCUGGAUUUUCCAGCCUCUUUACAUUUGUCCUUGAAUUUUCCCAUUCAAGGUAUUUCUUCUCAGAAACUUCACGUCUGAGGGCAUUGCCUAAGGGGGAAGUAGGAAGAAUCUUCCUUGUAGAAUACGGUAGACUGAUGUUGUGGCAGGCACCAGAUUAAGCUGUCGAUCCUUGUAGUGGUGAACUGGUGAUAGUGAGAGUUGGCUGUUGCUUAUUGGCCUGCAUAAAGACGCAAAUAGGAUCGUGAUAGUUAAUAGGAAAACCGCGUGUUUGCUUUGCUUGCUGUGUUACUUUUCCAUCUUCAGUCUUUCCCUCGUUGUUGAUUUUGUCUUGUCAAUGUGGGCUCAGUAUUUGUUUCUAUUCCCUGUCUAGACCUCUCAUUUAACACUCCUUAGCGGGAGUGCGGGACACACUUGACUUGACUUGACUUGACUUGGAAGUUAGUAGCGCUAGUGUAGUGUGGAACUACAAAAGUCUCCCUUGCCUUAAAUUUCCAGGGGCCGCGUGACCCCAACUCUACCCCUUAAAAACCUUGGCGAGUAUCCUCUGGCAGAAUAACCACCAGCUAGGUAGAGUUUGCCCGCCAGAGGUAAUGGCGAUGGAUCUCGACGAUGAGCAUCAGAAUGCCAUUGAUGAUUCAUUGUUCCGAUGUCGCACUUUCCCACGAUACUUACCCAGACCCCGGCCAAACCAAACCCAAUACAUUCCAGCGACUCCCAGGGCUGUCAGGAACUACAUCCUGUCCGGCAGCACGCCAUCCGACUACGAAAGGUCAAGGACUUCCUCCUCGUCGGACGCAUCCAGCUUCUUUUUCACCAUCUCUUCAUCUUAUUUAUCCUCGACCACCAUGUUCUUGGCCCAAAACCUUCAGCAACAUUCCUACCGCUCCACCUUCCAUCGCAAAGAAGCCAUCGCCUUCCGUUGGACGUACCCUCUGUUAGAGAUGAGGAAUAAAGAAUUUUAUUCCUC